AUGCAAGUCCUCCUCUUGCUCGCAGCUGUAGGGUUUUGCUGCGGGCAGUACAACCCCAACACUCAGGCUGGGAGGAUGUCUAUUGUACAUCUCUUUGAAUGGCGCUGGGCCGAUAUUGCUCUUGAGUGUGAACGUUAUUUAGCUCCUAAUGGAUUUGGAGGAGUUCAGGUUUCACCUCCAAAUGAAAAUAUUGUCAUUACUAACCCGAACAGACCCUGGUGGGAAAGAUACCAGCCCAUCAGCUACAAUCUCUGCACUCGAUCAGGAAACGAAAAUGAAUUCAGAGACAUGGUGACCAGAUGCAACAACGUUGGAGUUCAUAUUUAUGUGGAUGCUGUUGUCAACCACAUGUGUGGGGCUGCGGGUGGCUCAGGCACCCAUUCUACCUGUGGAAGCUAUUUUAAUGCUGGGAACAGAGAUUUUCCAGCCGUGCCAUACUCUCGCUGGGAUUUCAAUGAUGGCAAAUGUCGAACUGGAAGUGGAGAAAUUGAAAAUUAUGGUGAUAUGUAUCAG